UGUUGUAACCAAACCCAUGGACGUAUAAGCUAUGGGUAGUCAGGGAAAGUCGAGACUGCGAACAAGGCGAUUGUGGAGAACAACAUGGACACACACGAUUCCUGCAUGGUUACUAUUCUCUUACUAUUUUUCGAGCAUUUUCUGGCUUUGUGGGGCUGUUACGACGUUCCACGUACUAGAAGAACAACCACAAGGAGUUAUAGUAGGUAAUAUAACCGUAAAUAAUGGAUUUACAUAUUCGUUUGACGGGAAUCCUACUCGCUUUGCAAUCGAUUCACAAACUGGGGUAAUAACAACAACUGUUAAAAUUGAUCGAGAAAAUUUACAAGUGAACCCUAUAAGUUUAACGAUACGCUCAACAGACCCUAAAAGGCAACUUUUAAGCGUACAAGUACAAGUAGAGGAUAUAAAUGACAACACACCAUCGUUUCCAGCGCCAGCGUUUUCAUUUCCAGUACUUGAAACCACAGCAGUAGGGAUCGAGUUCCCGAUCAACACAGCAACAGAUCCAGAUCUAGGAGAAAACGGGACCAUUGACUACACGAUUGUUUCUGGUAAUAAUGCAGGUAAAUUCCGUCUGGGAACUAGUCCAAGUAUCUGCACACGUUCAGAGUUGUGCAUCGUGACCAACAAUAGCCUAGAUCGAGAAGAUGUUGACUUUUAUCAGCUAAAUAUAUCAGCAAGAGACAGAGGGAUUCCUUCGCUUGUUGGCUAUUAUUUAGUAAAUAUUACAAUAUUAGACUACAAUGACAAUCCACCGGUCUUUACUUUAUCUGUAUAUGAUGCAUCAGUCGCUGAAAAUACUUUGCCUGGUCAUAGUAUAUUGAGAGUCAUAGCUAAUGAUAAAGACAUUGGGUUAAAUGGAGAGGUUAGAUACUUCAUUGAAAAAGAUGCUGCUAAAUCAGAUGAAAUCUUUGAUAUAAAUGAGGCAACAGGCAUUAUAAGAACUAAAAGUACUUUGGAUUAUGAAACUAAACCAUACUUUACAUUCAAGGUCAUUGGAAGUGAUAGGGGACAGCCUAAAAUAAGUUCAUCUGCCAGUGUCAAUAUUAACAUUCUUGACGAAAAUGAUAAUGCACCAUAUUUUAACUUGGUCAAGUACUUUCCAACUGGAAGCUCAAGGGCACUAGUACCAGAGAACACCCAAGUUCCAAAGAUUGUAGCAUUUAUUAGGGUGAGUGAUGAUGAUUCAGGUGUUAAUGGAGAAGUUCAACUGCAAAUCACCAAAGGAAAUGAACUUGGACAUUUUGUAAUUGAAAGAUAUCCAGCUAGCCAAGUAAUUAUAUACUAUUUAAAAGUUGCUCACACUUUGGACCGUGAAUAUAUUUCUUUUUACAAUCUGACACUCAAUGCUACAGACAGAGGAUAUCCAAGAAAGACUGCUUUACAACAUGCUUAUAUUGAAGUCUUGGAUAUAAAUGACAAUUCUCCUGAAUUUUCCAGCAACAUUUAUACUGUCAAGAUAAGUGAGAAUUCCCCUAAUGGUAGUUAUGUGCUUAAGCUUAAUGCAUCAGAUCCUGAUGCUGGUAGCAAUGGAACUGUAUCAUACUCAAUCACCAGUGGAAAUGACCUUGGAUGGUUUCAAAUUGAUGAUAAAUCAGGACUUGUUACAACAUCCAUGCCUAUUGACAGGGAAAGAAUGUCAUUAGUCUCCCUCACAGUGACAGCUCAAGAUCAUGGUCCCACACCAAACAGUAGAAGCACUUUACUAAAGAUUGACAUUGGUGAUAUCAAUGAUAAUGUUCCUGUAUUUGGGAAAAGUCUUUACACUAAAACAGUCUCAGAGGAUACAUCACAAGGCACCAGUAUUUUAAAGAUCACUGCUACUGAUAAGGAUUCUGGUGAAAAUGCAAGAAUAACUUAUGCAAUUGAUUCAAACUUACAGCAGUUGAAAGAACAUUUUAUUUUGGAGCCUGGAAGUGGAAUUUUGAAAACAAAUGGAAAUUUAAACCGUGAAGUCCAGAGUUCCUAUACUAUACCAGUGAUAGCAAGGGAUAAUGGUAAGAUCAAGUUAACAUCUAAAGCUACAGUUAUCGUACAAGUUUCUGACAUCAAUGACAAUCAUCCAAUAUUUUAUCCUACUGUUUACUUUGUUACUGUUGUUGAAAAUGGAAAUCCUGCAAACCUUGUUCAAGUCACUGCCACAGAUCAAGAUCAAGGCUCAAAUGCAAGGAUUUUUUACUCCAUUGAAAGUGGGAAUGACAACAAAAGUUUUGCAAUUGACACAAAUACUGGUGUUAUCAGGAACAUAAAUUCAUUGGACCAUGAAACGAGUGGAUUUCAUAGGCUGAACAUCACUGCAAAAGAUGGCGGAGGACUGUAUGCAUUAAAACCUGCAGUAGUAGAAAUAACAGUUCUCAAUCAGGCAGACAAUCCUCCAAAGUUUGAACACUCAAUUUACAAUUUUUCUGUCUAUGAAAAUGUUCCCAAGGGAAGCCUCGUUGGGAAUGUGUUUGCAACAUCAAAAGACAAAAAUGACACCAUAACCUAUGAGAUAGUAUCUGGAGAUCCAAUGCAUUUAUUUGUUGUGGAUUCAUUGGGUGGUAUUAUAAUGGUCGAUGGAGCUAUUGACAGAGAAGUUCAAUCUAAGUAUUGGCUUGAUGUUGUUGCCAAGAUGGGACAAUUACGACCAUUGUCUGCCAAAACAAAUGUCAAUAUUUCUGUGUUAGACAAGAAUGACAAUGCUCCUAGAUUUUCAUCUUCAAACAUGGAAGUAAAUAUCCUGGGAACCUGGCCUGUUGGAACAGUAAUAUCAAAUGAGACAGCAAUAGAUCAAGAUGCUGGUACAAAUGGCAUGGUAAGAUACAGACUGACUAAAAAUGCUAAUGGAUUGUUUAAGAUAAACACAACAUCUGGUGUAGUGACAUUAGCAAGAAUAGUUUCAGAAAGUGAUGACUUGCAGUAUACUGUAAAUAUCUUUGCAUCUGACUUAGGAUCACCACAGUUACUCAGCAAUAUGGCAAUACAUGCAAAUAUAUUCAUUAACCAUCCUCCAAGAUUUCAAACCAGUUCAUAUUUAACACAUGUACUUGCCUCAAGACCUCUGAGUUAUCGCUUCUUGGUAGUUAAUGCAGUUGAUAAUGAUCCUGGUAAAAAUGGACAGUUAACAUACUCUAUUGACCCACUGGGGAAUCAAGAAGGAUUGUUUGGAAUUUUCCCUGAUGGAUUUAUUUACAUCAAGAAAAAUCUUGUUCAUGCCAAGAAAGGUUCUUAUGAUAUUAUGGUAAGAGCAACUGAUAGUGGUACACCAAGUCUCGGUGCUUCUGCCAGCGUUACUAUCUACAUACAAGACUCAGAUGAACACAGAUCACUAUUCACCAAUAAUACUUUUAGGUUUUCAGUAUCAGAAAACCUUGUUCCUGGUACUCUAGUGGGUAUUAUUACUGCAAAAGCAUCAGACAGUUCAAGGACAAAAGAUAUUAUUUAUUCAUUAGACAGCAGUAAUAAUGCAUUCGCUGUUGAUGCAAGAAGUGGGCGAAUCACAACGAGACUUGUGUUGGACAGAGAAUCUCUUUUGAAAGCAACUGGUGGUAAUAAUUACAUAACGAGAGCUGAAGCAGUAUAUAAUGAUACAACAGUCAGGCGUGACAGUGCUAUAGUUAUCAUUACAGUUACUGAUGUCAAUGAUAACCCUCCUCACUUUACAAGUGCUUUGUACAGUGUUAAAGUCAGUGAGGAUUUAAGCCCUGGUUCAGUAGUGUUCAAAGCUGUAGCAGUUGACCCAGACAGCAGUGAUUACUCAAAGUUUACUUAUUCCAUCAUUAGUGGUACAGGGAAUGGAGUCUUUAGCAUCAAUGCAGGAAAUGGAGACUUGUACUUGAACAAAAAACUGGACAGAGAAGCAUUAGAUAGAUAUAACUUGACACUCGAAGCUAGAGAUAUUUUAGACAGUAAUUUAUCUUCUUAUGCUUCGGUUGAUAUCACAGUUGAGGACUCGAAUGAUGAGAAGCCAGUAUUCCAAAGCUUUUCAAACAUCUUGACAGUUUCAGAACAACUAGAAAUCGACUCCGAAAUCAUUAAUAUUAAUGCCACAGAUAAAGAUAUUGGCCUGAAUGGACUUGUUGUGUAUUCUAUAACUUGUGGAAACUUGGCUGCAGUUUUUGACGUUGAUCAUUCAACUGGUAAAAUCUUUCUUGCCAAAAGUCUUGAUUAUGAAAACACUUGGCAGUAUGAGCUGUGUAUCACCGCCCAAGAUCAAGGUACCCAUCCACUAUCAUCAACAGCAAACAUUACUAUACAUGUUCUAGAUGCAAAUGAUAAUCCACCUGUCUUCACUACAAAGCCACAGCAAAUCCAGAUCAUGGAAAAUGUAACAAAAGGAACAGUAAUUGGGUAUUGCUCUGCCACAGAUGCGGAUAGUGGGACAUAUGGCCAGAUAGUUUAUGCCCUAGAAAAACAAACCCCAAAGGGUAAUACCUUUAGAGUUGAACCAAAUAACUGUACAAUUUCAACUACAACAUUGAUUGACCGGGAAAAAAUGCCAAAUGGAUUGAGUUUCUUUCAACUUGUUGUCAUAGCAACAGACAAAGCUGUUCCUAAAUCAGACUCCCUUUCAUCAAGCAAGACAAUCAAAGUUCAAGUGGUCGAUAUCAAUGAUAAUAAGCCAAGGUUUAUCUCUCCAUCAGCUGCAGUUGUAGGUGCAAGUAAAUUCAUAAUGAACGUAAAGGCAGAGGACUUGGAUACUGGAUCCAAUGGCAUGGUUACCUAUUCACUCAUCAGUGGUAAUUCUGACAACAAAUUUUACUUAAAUACCAGUACGGGACAGCUUGAGAAAAAUACUCCUCAGCUCAAUGGCAAUAAUCUGAUUUAUAAACUGACUAUUAAAGCAGAAGAUGGUGGAAAACCUGCUCUUUCUGUUCAAACUGAAAUUUCUUUACUUAAAGCAGGUACUGCAGGAAGUGGACCUGUGUUCAGUAAUUCCACAUUCUUAGGUUCCAUUACAGAGAAUGAACCCGUAGGUACAUCAGUUACCCAGGUUCGUGCAGCUUACUCGCAAGAUCACUUGAAUGGCAACAUUAAGUAUUAUAUAACAUCUGAUGACAGUAAAGGAACAUUCAGUUUGAAUGACACCACUGGCCUCAUAACGACUAAAUUGCCAGUUGACCGAGAGAGCCUGGGAGCCGUCUCCAAGCUUGUGGUCUAUGCUGUUGACAUGAAUGGACCGCAACCUAAAACAGCAUCUGCUAAUGUUGUCAUUACAAUACAUGACAUCAAUGAUAAUGAGCCAGAAUUCUCUAGCGACAAGUACUUUGCUGACGUCAGUGAAAACAGCUCACCAGGAACAAGUGUAAUAACCUUGACCGCGUCAGAUAAUGACGAGGAAGAAAACAAAAGAAUCGAAUACUUCAUUACUGGAGGUAACAAUGAAAAUAAAUUUGUGAUUGACAGCGUAAGCGGUAAAAUUUCUACUCGAGGAGAACUAGAUCGUGAAAGUAAAUCACAGUAUGCUAUCAAUGUUACUGCCCGUGACUAUGGCAACCCUUCAAAGUACUCAACCUGUGUCGUCAUAGCAACCGUAACGGAUGUCAACGACAACUCCCCAGUAUUUACAAGAAGCUAUUACUCGUUUAGCAUUUCAGAGGAAGUGUCAGUUAGGACAGCUGUUGGUUCUGUUAAAGCUAUAGAUCAGGAUUCUGGUGACAAUGGCCGACUAACCUAUACCAUCUUAGGGCUAGACAAGGAGGUAUUUGCAGUUAACCCAAGCUCUGGUGUACUAACGUUACGUCAAAAGCUUGAUCGAGAAGCUGUCGAGUAUUAUGUUCUGAAUAUAACAGCUACAGACAAUGGACACUUUAAUAAGUACUCUGCCUCGGUGAGUGUGUACGUCAAUGUGUUGGACGUCAAUGAUAAUCCACCAGAAUUUGACCAGGCUUUCUAUCAUGGAGAGGUCAAGGAAGAUGCUCCUCUACUUACACAUGUUACUUUUGUCGUGGCUCGUGAUGAGGACUCGGGCACCAAUGGUCAGAUCAAGUACAGUAUUACCUCUGGUAACGCACGUGACUCAUUUGGUAUUCUGGAUAAUGGAACGAUUGUUAACACUAAGGUAUUAGACAGGGAGUCUACAGAUAAAUAUGUAUUAACCAUUGAAGCCACAGACCAGUCUAUGCCUCCUUCAAGUCGACUAAAGGGAAAAGCUCGGGUUACCAUCAAUGUUACCGACGUUAAUGAUAACAGACCUCAUUUUACCUCGGCUUCAGUGGCGCACGUACAAGAAAAUGUUGGUGUGAAUGAUGUGGUAUUAACUGUCAUUGCUGUUGAUCCAGACAGAGGUUCUAAUAGUGAACUGACGUACACCCUCACCAAGAUUGACCUUGGAGCACCGUUCAUCCUCGGCACUAGCGACGGGGUUCUACGCGUCUCUGGGGGCUUGGAUCGAGAAAACAAAAAGAACUACACCCUGAAAGUUACCGCCACAGACAAAGGAAACCCAUCCUUGUCAUCUGACAUGAAGAUUGUCAUCGUCGUUGAUGACUUUAACGAUCAUGCUCCUGUCUUUCGCAGUCAUUCAAGUGAAUUUCGAAUCUUCGAGAACGUUCCUGCUGGAACUAAUAUUGUCAAGUUAUCAGCAGUAGACGAAGACUAUGGCACAAAUGCUGAAGUGCGGUAUGACAUCAUAACAGGUAACGGUAAUGGAUCGUUUUCAAUCAAUCAAAUUACAGGAAAACUGAGAACAGCAAAAACAUUGGACAAAGAAACCGAACCCAUAUAUAUUCUGAAGAUCAGAGCAUACGACUUGGGUGUACCUCGCAAAGAAAGUGUGACAACUGUUACUAUAGUAUUGCGUGACAUCAACGAUAAUGAACCUGUAUUCACAAAAUCAACUUACGUGACCGAUGUUAGUGAAAAUAAAGUAGAUUCUAGUUUAUUGACUGUUAUCGCUGAGGACCAUGAUGAUGGCAAAGAUGGAGAGGUGACUUACAGUAUCAUCAGUGGUAGUAGUGGAGGUGUCUUUGUUAUUGAUUCACGUACCGGAACCAUUGCACUAACCACAGCAUUAGACAGAGAAAAGAAGCAAAGAUAUGUCUUGGUUGUUGAAGCUAGAGAUGGUGGAGUUCCACAGCGCUCUACGACUUCAACUGUGGUGGUAAACGUGGCUGAUGAAAACGAUAAUUCACCUGUAUUUCAACAGAAGACCUACAAUGCCAAAGUCAAGGAGGGCGAAGCGAGUGGAUCAUUCGUUAUUCAAGUUACGGCUGUGGAUAGUGACGCUGGAAACAAUGGAAAUAUUAUGUACUCUCUAGUGAACAACUUUGGACGGUUUAGAAUUGAUAGCAAGAGUGGUGUGAUUGUGACUGACAUUGCGUUGGAUAGAGAACAAAUCAAUUAUCAUCCCCUGGAAGUCGUAGCAACAGACGCGGGUAAUCCUUCACGACAGGAAACAGCGAAUGUUAAUGUUAUCAUUGAAGAUGUGAACGACCACGACCCUGAGUUUGAAAAUUCAUUAUUGAAGGCUGCAGUUCAAGAGAAUGCAUCUCCUGAUACCAUCGUGCUGGUCGUUUCAGCAAAUGAUAAAGACACGGGGCUGAACGCAAAGUCUGACUACAUCAUCACAUCCGGUAAUGAUAAUGCGCUGUUCAGUAUUGGGAAAGAAAGUGGAGUCAUAGCAGUCGUCAAGCAAGUUCCUGCAAGUCCUUCGUCUUAUACUCUUCAAAUCAAAGCUGCAAAUUGCAAAGCCCCUCAGCGAACUGCUACCGCAACAGUGCAAAUCUCGGUGAGCACAGGCUCCUUCCCAAGCUUUCUUCACAAAGAGCAAAAAGUAAAUGUAUCUGAGCUUUUACCGUUGGGAACUACCUUACUUACAGUGAAUGCCACAGGUCACACUGCAUAUUUCAUCGCUGGUGGUAAUGAUGGAGAUGUUUUCAGCAUUGAUGCUGUUUAUGGUAUCCUAACUAUAAAGAACAGCCUGGAUUACGAACAGAUAACUAAUUAUACUCUCGUCAUAGGAGCUAAAGACGGAAGUGAUCCCCCUCAUGUUGCUUUUAUUCAAGUUUUUAUUAGUGUCAUCGAUGAAAACGAUAACGCACCUGUUUUCAGCCAAAAUGUGUACACUGCUAGUAUUUCAGAGGAUAUGCCUAUCAACUCGUCAGUUUUGACUGUCAAGGCAGUCGAUGCUGACUCAGGAUUUAAUGCUAAAAUCGAAUAUUCGAUAAGCUCACAGGGUGGGCCAUCUGCGGCAUUUGGAAUAAUUUCCAACACAGGACGCCUAUUCACCAAACAGGUCUUGGAUCGAGAAAACCAAACCACUUACUCUUUGAAGAUACGUGCAGAAAAUAUUAAUAAUCGAUCUAUGGCUAGUGAGGCUGCAAUCAUAGUAGUAGUAAUUGACAUUAAUGAUAACUAUCCGGUGUUCGUGGACCCGACGACUGUCUUGAUACCCGAGGAUGCUGCAGUAGGAACACUCGUGACGACUAUCAAAGCCAAUGAUGCAGAUGAGGACCAUGUGCUUCGCUAUGGAUUCCUGACGAAUUCCAACAGAAAUGGAGUAUUUGUAAUGGAUGUGCACAAUGGAAACAUCUCUCUCGCCAAACAUCUUGACCGCGAGACACAACAGAUGUACAGCCUGGGUAUAUCAGUCAAUGACUCCAAACAUCAAUCAAUAUCUUACCUUAACAUUACUGUGUUAGACGUUAAUGACAACGCCCCAAACUUUAGUAACAUGUCCUACUAUAUAUCCAUGCCUGAAGACUCUCAAUUGGGUUCAGCGGUUAUGAAUGUGAAAGCCACUGAUGCUGAUAUUGGAACCAAUGCAAUGAUCACCUACUCGAUAAUAUCACUACAACACACAAGUUAUUUCCACAUCGAUACUCAGACUGGGACCAUUCAUCUCAACAAGGCUGUGCAGUACAAGAUAAAUGAUACGAACGUGUAUGAUCUAACAGUAAGAGCCAAGAAUAUUUAUCCUCCAUAUCAAGAAAGCGAUGUCAAGGUAGGCAUCGAAGUACUGGACACUAAUGACCAUGCACCAGUCUUCACCAAGGCUUCUUAUAGCUUCAUUGCCGUAAUAGAUUCCAGCGGUAUCGGCUCUAGUGUAGGUGCUGUAGUAGCGUAUGACAAGCUAGACUAUGGACCAAAUGCUGUUAUCCGUUACGAGGUGACUUCUGGUAACGGCUCAUCAAAGUUCCAAGUUGUUCCUGAUACUGGGGACAUCAGAGUGAAAAGUGACCUAACUAGUGAUGCCAAUAAAAUGUACUGUGUGUAUGUGAAGGCUAAGGACUUAGGUCGUCCCAGCAUGGAAUCUGCUGUACAAGUAUGUAUAGAUGUAACAAAACCCAAUUUAUAUGCUCCAAAGUUUGGGCUUGGUGUCUAUCAAGAUACUGCUAAAGAAGACACGCCCUUAGGAAGUGUAGUGCUAUCAGUCACAGCUACAGAUGAUGAUCCAGGAAGAAACGGGGAAAUCUUCUUUUCUAUACAAUCUGGAAACCAGAAGGAAUAUUUUGGUAUUGGCGUCACCAAUGGAUCCAUUUAUGUGGCAAAGCCAUUAGAUUAUGAGGCAAGCCCAAAGUACAUCCUGAACGUAACGGCAACUGAUGGGGCUAAGUUUUCGAAAACAAGCUUCGUGUCAGCAGAAAUAACUCUUAUUGACAUCAAUGACAACAACCCUGUAUUCGAUUCCCAGUUUUACCAAUGCCAACUACCAGAAAACACACCAGUAAUGUCUACACUUGUCUGCAAGGUUCACGCAACAGAUCCUGACCAACAGGGCAAACAAGAAAUAAGGUACUACAUUGCUGGAGGCGAUGGACAAGCAGACUUCAAGAUCAAUGAAGUAUCUGGAGAAAUCCAUGCAACUACCAUGUUCGACUUCGAAUCCACUGGUAAGAGUUUGCUUGUGGUUGGAGCAAAGGAUCUUAAUUUAGCGCCUCAACGGUUUGCGAGACCAAGGGCAAGUGUCCAUAUCUCUAUCACUGGUAAAAACGAGUUUGUUCCAGUUUUUGUGAGAGAUUUCUUUGAAGGAACAGUCGCUGAAAACGCUCCUAUAGGAUACUCGGUUCUGGAGGUAUCCGCUACUGACAAAGACGCGGGACCCGAUGGCGUUGUCCUUUAUCAUCUGUUGGGUGCAGAUAACUACAAAGGAUUCACCUUGAAUUCAGAAACAGGAGUUCUUAGUAUUUCAGGAAAGCUAGACAGCGAGAAAUCUAGCAAAGUCUCGCUCAAAGUCAUUGCUAAGAACCUGUUACAGACGGAUGUCACACCAGGUACAGUUGGUCACGCAACGAUUAUCGUUACUGUAACUGAUGCUAAUGAUCCUCCAAAGUUUUUGAAGAGUGUCUACAAUGCCAGGCUAGUCGAGAGUGCAAAUAGAGGAACUUAUGUGACGAACGUGACAGCUGUAGAUGACGACCAAGAAAGAGGUGUAAGAUCCUUGAUUCGAUACGGGAUUAGCGCUGGGAAUACCAACCAGGUAUUUACAAUAGACUCUUUAUCUGGCGUAAUAGCAUCUGCUGGAGAUUUGGACAGAGAAACUGUGCCAGUUUACACGCUUAAAGUCACGGCUACAGACAAUGGGACACCACCCAUGACAGGUAACGCAACGGUAAUAGUAACACUAGAUGAUAUCAAUGACAACCCACCAGUACUCUCUCCUGGGGAUCGUGUUGCUUCUGUUCUGGAGAAUCAAGCUGCUGGCACCAGUAUCAUUACCCUGAGUGCUGUAGAUCCCGAUGCAGACCCAAAUAGAGGCCCCUAUAAGUUCGACAUUUCUGUUACUAAUUACGGAAAGUUUCAGUUAGACCAAAGUUCUGGUUUGUUAAGAACAACUAGUUCACUGGAUCGAGAGUCUAGAGAUACUUAUAACUUGUCUAUCAAAGUGACUGACAGUGGCGGGCUCUCUGCUAUAUCGUACUGCCUUAUUACUGUCACAGACCAGAAUGACAAUCGACCCACAGCUACAACACGUGACGUGCAGGUGAACACUUACAACAAGCGCUUCCCGGGUGGCUCUAUUGCCGAUGUGAGACCAGAGGACCCGGAUGUUGAUGACGUCAUGACAUGUGGUUUGAUAAGAUCUUCCAGUAAUAUGUUUAGUUUUCCACGUGGGGAUUGUAUGUUGAGCUCAUUAGCAAAUACUGGCGAUGGUUUGUACCAGUUGACCAUCAAUGGAUCAGAUGGCAUAGGGUCUGUUCAGUACCAAGUGAAUGUAAAGUUUACUGGUUACACUACGGAUACCGUCAAAGAAAGCGUAGCAGUGCGCCUACAGAACACCACACCCAAGACCUUCUUGAGUCAGUCUUUUAUCAGGUUUAUCCAUUCAGUUGAGAAUAUCUUUCCUCAGGGAUUCAUAUCUCAAGUCAUUAGCGUCAAGGAGUUUGAUCAAGGCUUCGUAGAUAUCCUGAUUGCAUCGCGUAAAUCAAACACAAUUACUUAUUUGGAAAGAGAGAAACUCGCCGACCUCUUAAAGAACAACGAGAACAAACUUCAAACAGAAGCAGGAGUGACGAUCUUCAAGGUAGAUUACACUCCUUGUUCGACGAAUAGUCCAUGUCUGAAUGGAGGAGAAUGUAGCAGUGAGAUUCAAGCUACUGGUAACACCUUUGCCGUAAAUACUAUUCCUCUGGUCUUCUUGUCGGCUGACUUCGCCUGGCGUUACACAUGCAGAUGUAAACCAGGAUUUACUGGAAGCAAAUGCGAACAAAACAUGAAUGACUGUGAUCCUAACCCCUGCCAACAUGGUGGCUCAUGUCUAAAGAAUCAGAACACUUUCAAAUGUGUUUGUCCAGGAGGAUACACUGGGAGCCUAUGUGAGAAAGAUAUUGAUGAAUGUCAAUCAAAACCAUGUCAGCACUCAACUGGUUGCCAGAACAUUCCUGGUAGUUACAUAUGUCAAUGUAUACUUGGCUAUACUGGCAAGACGUGUGAUGUAGAUAUUGAUUAUUGUCAAGCCUCACCUUGCAUGUAUAACUCAACCUGCGUAGAUCGACCUACUUCGUUUAAAUGCAUCUGUGACUUCGGUGGGCGUGGUGACCGCUGUCAAUACUCCAGCCUUGGGUUUGCUGUCGUAUCAUACAUGAAGUUCCCUAGCAUUCGAAGCAACAACCAAGAUACGUAUAACAACAUCAGCCUCGUAUUCUCUACUUCCACUCCUGAUGGCUUACUUCUUUAUAACAAUGAUGGCACUACCGAUAUGGAUGGCGACUUCAUUUCACUAGAGAUCGUCCAAGGAAAAAUCCGCUUCUCUUACAAUCUUGGCUUCACUCCAACUCCUGCUGUUGUUGUAGUCGACAAAGUGGUCAAUGACGGCAAAUGGCAUCACGUGAUGGUAAUAAGGGACAAAAAGACUGCGCAAGUUGAAGUUGAUUCAAUAUUCAGAGGCUCAGGAUCAGUAACUGGAGAUUUCAUUAAACUGGAGCUCAAUAACUCUCCGCUGUAUGUUGGUGGUGUAAAGGACUUCGAUCAAGCUUUGAACGAUCCUCGCCAGCACACCAGAGUGUUUGAUUUCGUCGGCUGUAUUCGCGACUUUUAUGUCAAUGGAAAUCAGAUCGUAGCUGAGAAAGCAAUAGAAUCGUCCGGUGCAUUAGAUCACUGCCCCCACGUGGAUUACUGUUCAAGCAGCCCCUGUCAAAAUGAUGGAAUAUGUGUCGAUACAUGGUUUGAUUAUUACUGUCAGUGUACCGACGGAUACUCUGGAAGAAACUGUCAGAAAGAGGGAAACCAGGCCUUCAGAUUCAGUGCAUCCAGUUUUGUAGCUCUGGAGUUCAAGGAAGGUUUCCGUCGUCAACAAGAGCUUCUUGAUCGCCCGUCUCCAUCAGUUCGAAGUAGACGUUCUGUUAUUAGCCCAGACGAAUCCUUCAGUAUUAAAAUCCGUACAUUGGAAGAAGGGUUAAUACUUUUGGCACAGGAUGACACACAAGAUUACACGUUAGUACAGGUAUUAUCCGGGGCAGUGAGGUAUGAAUUCAAAUCAGGCAACACGAACGACAAUCUAACUGUCUUUCUGUCUUUGGAAACGAACGGUUCGUGGCAUAACAUAACUUUACAACGACAAGGAAACACUGUCAGUCUUAUCACAGACAACGUGCAAAACAGGAAAACGUUUGAUAAGAUGCCACAUAAAUUCCUUGGUAAAAACGUCCGGACGUGGUGGUUGGGGGGAGUAACCAACCCCCCAGCUGGUAUCAACCCCGCUAAGUUCACUGGAUGUAUGGAACAGCUAAAGAUCAACGAUGAUAAUGUACCUCUUAAUGGACCCAAUAAAUACCUAAUAGUAAAACCUCAAGGUGGGGGUGUGAGUGAAGGUUGUGAACCAAGAGGUGCCUGCAUGUCUAAUCCAUGUGUCAACCCUGUCGAACCUGCCUGUAUCGAUGAGUGGCAUGGCUUUUUGUGCAUCAGUGAUGCUCCUUGUAGAACCAAACCCUGUCUUAACAAUGGCACCUGUAAACCUCAAAAAAAUUACACGUUCGUAUGCAUAUGUCAUGCUAACUACACGGGUGAACUGUGUGAAGUGUGUCUUGGAGAUUAUUGCGUGACAUCUGAUAGACGAACAGAAGAUAGUCCAUACAGCGUUGGUCUUGUAGCGGGAAUAGUCUUCUUGGCAGUAGUUCUCGUAGGGUUCGUAGUUGGUGUAUUAGCUGUGAAACGGAACCAAAAACUAAAGCGUGAAUCAGAGUACGAUGAAAAACAUUGUGAUGAUAUAUGCAUACCAACGGAAAUUCAAGAUGGCUCGCAGCGUGCGUCACCUUCACACAGCAGUGAUGACAGCGGUGUUGUAAUAAGAAACCCCAGCCAAAAGUCCAAUCCAGAUUUACGGUCUACCCCUCAAAACCAUGAUGAUGAAAACAUCGUGAUACACAAGAUGGGGGCACCAGAAGACUACCAACUCAAGCUGCAUAAAUCCGACGAGAGGAUUGACCACGGCUUCUCUGAAUCAGAUGUCGGAGAAUGUGUGAUCAAGAAUAAGUACGCGCAUAAGCACGGCAGUGGUCAGAGACUACAACCACAACAUCAAUUACAGCAAAGUACCCCCAUUGAACGAAACCUACUCAAGCAAAAACCAAGAUCACGAGAUCGUAAGGCUCCGGGUUCAUUGGCUCGACAAGUAUUGGAUCGAAGACAUUAUGGUCCGCCUAGAACUGAACCACGCAUGCGUGGUCCAUACAUGACUCGACAUCAUAAACGAAGAACGAACUCAGUAGACACGACCAGCAGCGAAGAACAACAAGAAUUCUCUGAUGCUUGCCCAAAAUCUGACAUUGAUAAUUCAGAAAGGCUUGAUUAUUACGAUCUUGACGUUGCUAGCAUAGGUGUUAGUGAGGCAAGCUAUCAGUAUGAUCCUAGUAUGUUUAAGGACAGUAUCUCUCGUAGAGACCUACCUGCAUUCUCGCAGCAGGAGAUCGAUCGGUUAAGACAGUCGUCAAGGAAUCCACCAUCAGGAAGCUUCCUGGACGCCAUAUCUACAUCAAGUGAAGAAGGUCCUACCGUGGACGACAAGUUAUCAAGUCUUCUAGAGCAGGCUGAUACUUCCAGCGAAAGUUCUGAUGAUACGUUCACGUGCAGUGAGUUUGAAUAUGAUGAACGACCUACGACCCGAGCAGAUGAGACAGAUAUUCAUAAUAGUAUGGUGUUCUCUAAACUACCUACGAAUGGGAACCCUCAUCAACGCUCUAACACUGCAUCACAAAGUACGUUAAACAUGAGUGACGAUGAUUUGAUUAUCGCAAACAGGUUCGCACAGAAGCCAAAUGGGACGAAUGAAAUAUUCGACUGGGAUGAUGUACUGAACUGGGGGUUAAGAUAUCAUAACUUACGAGGUGUAUAUAAAGAUAUUGCACAACUCAAAGACUCCAUUGAUGAGAAUGAAGAGGAAUACGUUUAACAUUCUUAUGUAGUGACUAUAUAUAAAAUAAGACCUCGCUCCCUCCAUCAGCCAAUCAUCUUGCUUUAAGGUUUAGCACGAUGUGUUUUUAAAAAAGAAUGUUUGACCAUUGUUUAUAAUUUAUUCGCUUAUCUAACUUACAAGUUUAGAACAUUGAACGUUAUAGUUUUGUAUAUAUUGUAAUGUAGUGUUUAAUGUUUGCUUUAAAGAUAGACAUGUUUUUACAAAUUACACAAAGCAGAGGUCUGGCAAUGAAUGAUACACUUAUGUAGAAAGCCAUAUACUUAAUAUAUUACAAUCACAUGAUAGAAGACAAUUAUUUGACAGAUGAUAAAUGUUGAUACCAGAACAUGGUUCACGAGUCAUUGCAUUUGACUAAAUGUACAAAAAAUAGAAGCAUGGCUUUAUAUUUGUAGUAAAGAUCACUUAAUAUUAACGAAUUUGUUAUUAAAGUACUUUUUGAUAUUAAAAUGUUCAAAUGAGGUGAAUCAUUUCAAAUA